AUGUCUGAAUCUCCUAAAAAGUCUCAGUCGGCUGUUCAUCCUGAUCCUGAAGAAGUCAGAGUACUUGAAUCAAGCCUCAAGACAAAACAUAGGCACAAGUCUCGUCAGCUUUCUGACUUGCCAGAAAGUGAUGAAGCAAAAUUAAACACAAAUCAGUCCAAUGCCGGUGAAUCGGCUACUAUGAAGCCUCCUGUUGUGAAGAAAAGAAAGAAAUUAAACAAGAAACAUGUGACUGCUCGUUCAAGUGAUACGACUGCUGAGAUGAUAACUAGUGUUCCUUUGGUUGAAAUAACACCUUCGGGCGAUCAUCAAAGAAAUAUCGUAGAAGCAGAACCAGUUAAAAGUCAAAUUAUACAAAAAGAACAUUUAUCACUUCCAACUUUACCGCCUUUAUCAACCGUUAAAUAUGAACAAUCGAAACAAUUUGCAAAAUCAAAAUCACCUUAUCCAUCAUUACCAGAAAGAAUGCAACGUUUACGUCGAAAUACUGCAUUGAGUGAAUUAUCUACAAGUCCUGAUUUAAGUUUAAGUGAUUUAAAAGCUAUGGACAAUUUAAAUCAUCAAAUCAGUGAUUAUGAAUUUUUCAUCAAAGAAUGGUCAGAUCAUGAUGAUCAUUUAAAACAAAAAGAUACUACUGAUGAUUUGCAUUCCACAUCGGAUCUACAAAAUUUAUCAAUGAAAUUAUUUAAAAGUAAUAAACAUUCACGAAAGAGAACUGAAUCAACAACCAUUGAUAAUAAUUCAUUUGAGACUAAUCAAGAAAAUCAACCACUGCUUGGGUUUGUUGAAAGAACUAAACAAGAUCUUUUAUUAGUUGGUCGUGCAUCCAGUUUAUCAAAUCAACAACGCAUUAAAUAUGAAUCGAAAUUUCUUUACUAUCCAACCGAUACAGAAAUUUCACUUGAAUUAAAAACUGGCGGUAAACUACCACGAUAUUUGGAAGAUGAAGGUUAUUACAUUGGAAAACUACCAUAUGUGGCGCCAACAAAUCUACGUCGUUUGGAAAAUCGUAUACUCAAAGAAAUUCAAAUGAAUGUCUAUGAAAUAAAGUCGAUAAGUGAUUUUCAAUCAACUGAUAUGCAAUUACUCAAUGGAACAUUGCAAAAUGAAGAGUUUGAAAAUGAGAAACGAUUGAAAUUUCAGUCAUGGUUUCGAGAAGACAGUUUAUUCGAUAUGUUACCGAAUCCUUUACGAAAUAUUCCGUCGAGACCGACUUUAUGGAAUGAUCAGUUUAAUCCAGUACCUGAGAAGUUACAAAUAUUCUAUGUACCUCCGUUGUCAUUUGAAAUGACACAACAUUUAUUCAAUAUGGAGUCAAGAGGUUUGGUAACAUCAAAAAAUCUAUCCACCACAGCAGUAUCAUUAUCUCAACGUAAUAAACAUGAUCACAGUGUGGAAUGUCGUCUCCAUGUGGAUAUUCGUAGAAUUACAUUUGAUUUUCAUCCAAUCUUUAGUUUAGAACAUGUUCAUGCACAAAAUUUACGUCAAAUUAUUCAUGCUUAUGAAUUAACCUUGUCAAGAGAUCAAGUGAAUGCAUGUAUUCAACGUAUUAGCGCCUUGAAACGAGCAUUGAAACAACUGGAAGCAAAACGUAACAAUAACGUGAAUAGUUUCAGUGAAGAUGAACUAUUAGACAUGGAUUAUCGUAUUGAAGAUUAUUAUCAUGAAAUAAGUUUAAUGCGUCGUGCAAGAAAUCAUGCAGAAGCUUAUGAAAAAGGAUUAUUAACUUCAGCACUUCGUGCAUGGAAACGUGUUAAAGAAUCAAGACAAACUAGCGGUUGUACAAAUACUACAGUUCGUUUAAAAAUCACAAAACAAAUCACCAAUGUUGAACAAGAUCAAAUCGAUUGGGAUCAAGAAUUGGAUGAUAUAGUCAAUGAAGAAAAACAUGAAUAUGAUAAAAAAAUUUUGAAAGAACAAAAACUUUACGAAGAAGAAUUAGUAAAAUAUAAAAAAGAGAAAAAACAACUGGAUGCUGCCCUCAGGAGACAACGUUUACGUGAAUCAGGUCAGAUGGGCGGUGAGUUAGAGGAUAAUGCUGAAUUGGAACGUAACGAUGCACAAAUUUUAGCACAGAAAAAGCUAAGAAAUCCACCAAUCAGUCCAAAACCAUUUAAUGCUCAAGCAAUACGUGAUGAAACAGAAAUGAAUCUACGAAAAUUUAGACGAUUACCAAAUGAACCAAAAAUCAGUGUUAGUUUAUUGGAGGAUGUGAUUCUAUCGUCAAAUAAUGAAUGUUCAAGAACUGAAUUGAAUCGUCGUUUAAAAUUACUUGAAUAUUCAUAUUUUAUUAAAUUGUAUUAUAAUAAUAAAUUAGUUGAAACUAGUCAACUUCAAUUAUUAAAUCAUAAUUUCACACUUGAUUUUCAUUGGAUUCUUCCUAUACAAAUUCGUCAUAAACCAGAAUCGAUUGUAGCUAAAUUAUUUGAAAAACAUGGUUGGACUUCACAUCAAAUAGCUGAAUUUCAUAUUGCCUUGCCAAAAUAUACAGAUAUUGAAAGUCGUUCUGAAGCAGAUCAACUCAAUAUGACAUCACCAUCAUCUGAGCUAGAUUUACAGCAUAUACGAUUCACUGUAACAACUGGUUCAUCGCUGAAACUUAUUCAUCCCAGUAAAUCAUCUAGCCAAAAACCCUCCAAUGUAUCAUCAUUGACAACAUUUCCAUCAUCAGCUACGCUAUCGUUUGUCGGUGCACAACCAAAAAUCCUGUUAGAAGAUUUAGAUGGUUCAGGUGAGAAAAUUAUUUGUUUGUCAACAACUGGUACAUUGUAUGCAACUGCCAAAUGGAUAUCAUCGAAUCCUUCGUUGAUGAAUACAUUGGAUAUUGAAGCAUGUAAUAGAUAUUCAACUAGGUCUUUGUAUUCACGACAUUCAAUGAAAAAACAUGCGACCGACUGGCAAUCAUUGAUUUAUCCAACCACGUUGUAUUUACAAUCGAAUCCUUUAUUUCUCAAUGAUCCAAUGAAAACUGACAAUCGACAAGAUGACUACUACAAUACAUCAAUCCUUGAUCCGAAUAAUACAAUGGAUGCGAAAUUGUUAAAUUUAAUACAGACUGCAACCGGUACUCAUCUCUUACCGAAUACAUUUCAAACAACGACAUCGAAUCCUAAAGUGUUAUGUCAUACCAGAGCAAGUGGUGUGAAUUAUUUUCAUUUGAAUUUCCUCACGGAAUGUUUUGAUUUUUGUACCGAUGAAGAUUUGGAUAAAUCUAAACGAAUACGUUUAAUACGUCUGAGACAAAAUCGUGUACCAGGAUUUGAAAAUAUUAUUAUACCAACAUUUGUAAAAUAUAUUCCUGAUGAAAUAUUUGAUUCAUUAAAUGAGAAGAAAGACUUCGAUGAUGAACAGAGUAUUCUAUUUAAAGGCAUGAAAGCUUUCAAAGAAAAGCGUAAAAUCUAUAUUGAGAAGAUUAAAUCAGAAGUGAAUCAACAUUUUCAAGAUGCAUUAAAUAAAAAAUCCCUACGUGAAAUUGUAAUUGAAGAAGAAAUACCGAAUAUUUUAUUCCUAUUGCCAUUUUUCAAACGAUUAUUCCAACCGAAACGUCCGCUAAGACCUAGAUAUGAAGAACGUCGACGUAUUGGUCCACAAUAUGUUCAAGAUUCUGGUCUUGAAUUAAUUGUUACUAUACAAGGUGCUUAUAAUUUACCAAAUCGAUCUGCAAGACGAUUGGAUCAGUCAAAUUAUCAUAAUAAAACUGAGAAUAUUAAUGAACCUUUAAAACCAUUCGCUGUGAUACGAUUUCAACAGAAUGAACGAUCAACUAUUCCAUCAGAAGGUAGAAAUCCUUGCUGGAAUACAGAAUUUCGAUUUCCAUUUUUUUUAUCAUCGGAACAUUCAAAGUUGGAAACGAUGAAUGAUCCAAUUAUUAUCAAUGUCUAUGAUCAAGUGACUUUCAGUCAAACUGAUUCAACUCAAAAUGAACCUGCUUCACAUAUUAUACAACGUAUAGAACAUCGUUUGAUUGGUUCAAUUGAAAUACCUUUGUCAACGGUUUAUUUAAAUACUAAGAUUAGCGGUAAAAUCAAUUUAUCAAUUCCGAUAAUAUUACAAGGCUAUGAGACUAUCAAUCCUGUCAAAUCAUCCAUUCGACCAAUGAUUGAUGUUUUAAUGACAUUGGAACCAUUGAUUUUCCCGCCAUCUGCAUUAAUUGAUACAUUUAUCUCAAUUGAAUCCACUGAAAUACAAACAAUUCUAUCGAAAUGGUAUCACAAAUUAUCCAAGCAUAAAUUUAUGCAUGAAAGACAAUUUAAACCGUUAGUUAUGAAUUCUGAUUGUCAAGAAUUAUUGAUGAAUCGUUUUUUAACAGCACUUAAUCCUCCAGAGGAAUUCUUACCAGGAAUAAAGAAUAAUUUGAGUAUAUCCGAAUCGAUGCUACGUUUAGCUCGUUACGUGUCUCUAAUUCCAUAUGAAUCAGAUGUGGCAUCAUUUCCUGGAUUGACACAAGUUUGGUGUACAUGUGAUCAAUUUUUAAGUAUGUUAUGUGGUGAUGAAGAAGAACAUGCAGUAUUAUUAGCUUGUUAUUUUAUGUACAUCAUGAAAUAUGCUAGUAGUAGUGGUACAGUGGAGAAUCAUAAUGAAGAGACUACAACAACAAUGAAUGAUGCUAAUAAUAAGCAGACAUACGAUCAGUCAUCAAUCAAUUCAAUCUAUUUAUGUAUUGGUGAAGCGAUUCCUGAAGGUCGUACUGUUUAUGUAUUGACUGAAGAUUAUAUAUCAACUAAACAGACUAACAAUCUUGUUGGUUGGCGUGUAUGGAAUCCUGUCACUGGUCAACAUUAUUCAGUUCAUGAUGUAAAUAGUCCAUUACGUUCUGUUUGGGGAUUGGUUAAUUUAGAGAAUAUUUUAGCUAAUGUUCAAUCCAAACAUGAACCAUGGGAAUUAGUUUGGGAUUUAAAAUCAAAAAAACAUUGGUUACCGGUUUUUGAAGAGAAAACCCUAUUGAAUCGUGAUAGCACAACGAGUAGUUAUGGAUCUACUAGUUUACCACAAACUAUACAACCAGAAAAAUUAAUUUAUGUUAAUUUAGAACAACAUGAAGUGGAUUAUAUUAAAUUUGAAUUAGAAACUGUAUUAAGAGAUGCUUUGAUGGAUUGGCGUAAGACAAAAAUAACAAAACUUAAUUAUGAAUAUAUGAAAGAUUUUAAUAAAAUGCUUGAAAAUUUAGAAAAAAAUAAUGGCGCCUACUAUGAUGGUUUGAAUCAAUUACUUGAUCGAAUUUCCAGUAAAUAUUACAUUUAUGGAUUCCCAAUGAAUUUCUCAUAUAUGGAACCAGAUGAAAUUAUUGCACGUGUUAAAUCGAAAGGUAUUCAUGAAUUAAUCGGUAAUCAACAAUUUACACCGACUGAUUUACUAGAACAACAAAGAAGCCAAUUCAUACAACAGCGUAGUUCAAUAAUGAGUUUUUCAAAACCUACACUAAAUAAUGGCUCUGAUUCAAUGUUCCAUUCUAGUAGACCAUCAUCAGCCUCGUUGAGAAUGUUACAAUCGGAUUCAAUGUUCAAUGUUCAAUUUGCAUUGAAUGUUUAUGUGAAAGCUUAUCCAGGACCAGUUCUAUCUAUAUGGAUAUAUAUGGCAGCAUUAUGGCGACGUAAUUUGACAGAAUUAUUGUAAAAUAUUCACAAUUCAAUGUUUUUCAUAGUACUUUGCUUUUUUUCUAUGACACCUAUUUUGUGGGUAUUUGAAUGAAUAAA